CCUUAUCUUCAUCUCUCCCACUCCAUCUUUUCUGUCUCUCUCUCUCUCUCUCUCCCUUCAUGCUCUCAUGGCAACCAUAGAUCUAACCAACAACACUACCAUGAGCUCCCAAUUCCUCCGCCACCAGUUCCAUGACCUCCAUCCCAAUAACGCUACCCCUUCAAAAUACAAUUCCGAAGACAACAACCCUCUCUCCGGUGAUAGCGCCGCCGCUACCGACACGCUCCUCCGCCGUCCCCGCGGUCGACCUCCCGGCUCCAAAAACAAACCCAAGGCGCCCUUACUCCUAACCAGAGGAACUCCGAACACUCUCCAAUCCCACAUCCUAGAAAUCGCCGCGGGCUCCGACGUCUUCACCUCUCUCUCCGACUUUGCCCGCCGCCGCCAACGCGGCCUCUCUAUUCUCACAGCCUGCGGUACGGUCACAGACGUGAGCAUCCGGCAACCGGCUGCAGCCGGUGACAUACUCAACCUCCAUGGUCGGUUUGAUAUCCUCUCCCUUUCAGGUUCCUUCCUCCCGCCACCUGCGCCGCCUGGUGCAACCAGUCUCGCCGUCUUUCUCGCUGGCGGCGGCCAAGGGAUGGUUGUCGGCGGGAGUGUCGCCGGAGCGCUUAUCGCCGCCGGGCCGGUCAUAGUCAUCGCUUACUCGUUCGCAAAUGCUGCCUACGAGCGGCUUCCGGUAGAAGGUGAAGAGGUGGAGAAGCCAGCCACCAGUGGAGGCGGAGGCGGAGGCGGAGGCGGCAAUCUGCCGUUCUUCAAUUUGCCGCUCAAUUUGGCAGACUGUCAACUGCCGCCCUUUUGAUGCGUUGAAUACUUUCUUUGGAAUUAUCUAAAUGAAAUCAUGAAAUGUUAUAUUACAUAUUUUUUAAAAAA